AUGAGGGCGGCAAACUCUGCUAGCAUCCGUGCGCGAAAGAGACCAAAACCUUUUUCAGUGCUUUAUGAGCUGAGAAGAUUGUGUCUAGGAAGAGGACAUGGCGGCAUUGUGUAUGAGGGUACUCGCAAGUCCGAUGGCCUGAAGGUCGCCAUCAAAUUUUUUCGCAAGUCACUCGAAAGGCAAAGAUUUAUUCAUGUUCCUGGACAUAACGAGCCUCUCGUCUCACAAGUGGCUGUAAAUCUGAUGCUACAGAAACCAGAUAGAUGCCCCAACAUUGUGGCUCUGUUGGACUGGUUUGAAGAGGACAACAUCUACAUCCUCGUUCUAGAAUAUCCAUAUCCCUGUUUAAGCAUGAAAGAUUUUCUUGAGAUAGAACAUCUGUCUGAAGAUCAGGCACGUCCUCUCAUGCGUCAAGCAGUGAACGCAGCCCAACACUGCAUCGACCACAACAUCUGCCAUGGUAGCUUGGAGAUCAGAAACAUGCUCAUCAAUGUACAGACCAUGACGCUCAUGUUCAUAGACUUUGGACGUGCUGAUCUUGCCUCAACUUGGGGCAAACCCGACCCUAAACACCCCGACUCUAGAAGUGGCAUACCUGGCCCAACUUGGGUCGAACCAGGCGGUGAAAGCUGGGGUCGAGGUCAUGCGGUUGCCGAUACAGUCUGUUGUUUGGGUAAGCUGCUCCUGCAUACGAGAAGUGGACGUAGGACGCUUUAUCAAUGCUAUUUUACUACAGAAGACAGAGCUGAGAUCGAAGAACUUGGUUUAACUGAAGAAUGCCUUGACUUGAUCAAUCGGUCCGUUUUCGCUCCACCACCCGACAGGCCAACAAUAGAAGAGUUCCUAGACCAUGAGUGGUUCAAGCAGGGUUAAAGGUCAAGAGCAUAUGUGGUUUAUGAGGUCAAUUGA